UAUAUAUAUAUAUAUAUAUAUAUAAAAAAGAUUGCACAGUGCUCGUUGAGUGAUUACACCGCAACGCAGACAGGCGGAUCACCGGACGGAGGGAGCUGUGGUCCCUCUUUACCACCAUUUCGUGACCCACCUCGGAGGAACCAGCCAGUGGGGAGAAGGCACCACGACAACAGGGGCCAGCAGGAGAUUAGGGGAAGGGUGACGGCGAAUUUACUAUUAUACCAUCCCCCAUUACCUCUCCCUCCCCCGAUACACAGUAGUGUAUCCUAAUUUGUUCAAGACUUGAAGUGCUCUUUCUCGAACAAUGUUUGAUUUAAUUAUUUUUAUUUUAUCAUAUUUGUAUUUAAAUUCAUUUACUAUUGAUUUCUUGAUUUUUUUUAGUUAGUUAUACAUACCCUCCUUUUAAACGCCUGGCCUUACACUUACGGUCCCUGACAUUCCUACGUGUCAAAAUAAGGUGGGUUUGAAUUGUUCGUAUUGUAGUCUACAUUUCCCGCGAGUUACUUUAUUUAUUUAUUUUUUUUACAGUUGAUACUUCUUAUAAAAGCAGCAGAGGAAAUAAAAGGGGAACGUAACAAUCCAUCCCGCUCUUGUAUUAUGUACUUGUCAUAUAAAAAUCAAAGGAAGUGAGUUAACAGAAAGAACAAUACCUGCCACCCUGUCACAAGAAACCAAACAAACUUGGCGUUAUUUGUUUAUUAUUGUUAUUAGUCUACCAGUGUCGCCCACCAACAGAGCUCUUAGUCGGCAACAGUAAGUUAGCCGCUACCCAGCAUAUCCUACCGGGCCUUCCUAGGUUGUGUGGGGAAGCAGCUGAAGAGUGAAGUGAUGCAUAACAAAGUGAAGAUCCUGAUAGUGGGCCCGCCAGAGUGUGGCAAGACUACCCUGACCAACUUCCUGAGUGAGGCGGGAGAGGUUGGGGGUGGAGGAUAUCGUCCAACGAAAGGAUGUCGCAUUGUGGAGUUUGAGAUUCCAAAUCUGAAUGUUAAUAAUAUGACCACCAAGGUAGAGGUUGAGUUGUGGGAUGUCAGUGGAGACAGAAGAUUUGAGAGUUGCUGGCCAGCCAUUCAAAGGGGUUGCAAUGGUGUAGUGUUCGUGUAUAACCCUGGACGAGAUGACCAGGCACGCAUCCUUGACUCCCUGUAUAACCAGUUUGCAGCACAGCAGGGAGUGAGGGAGGCACAAUGUAUUGUCUUCUGCCACCACAAGCCAGGUGUCCAGGGAAAGGGAGGGAAACUAUCAGGUGUCUACUGCCUCCUCAUAGAGAAAGAACAUGAUGGGUGGAUACAAUAUCUAGGAACAGUGCUAGGUAAGCAAAGUGAGAUGGAUGGUGAAGGUUGUGAGUUGUGAAAGGUAGACAGAAUAUAGGAUCACUUGCAAGAAACAUAGAAGCCUCUCUGGAUAGGGAGAGGUAACACUUUUCUGCUGUGUCCACCUAUUUUUGGAUGAAAUGGCUGGACCUGCUCAGCUGGUUCUUUUAUGUGUGUUGAUAGUUUUCACACUUAAAUGAGGUGCCUAGAACCAGUAUGAUAUAAACAGAAAAAAAUGUGAUUUAAAUUUUGCACUAUUGUAAUAUUUCCUCAGUGAACUGACAGGAAGCUGGGUUUGAUGUCAGACUCUUCUUUGAUGUUUGUGUUCUAUAGCUAGCAUAAUGAAAUGAAAGCAAUCUAUUGGGUGGUGUUUUUCCCAGAAUAAAUUUGUUAGAAAUGUCAUGAAAGUGCAUUAGAUUGUGUCUAGCAUCCACCCAUUAUUUAUUUAUGUUAUUUUAUCAUGUUCCAUUCUUUUGAAUACUAAUGGUAAUCAAAACCACUGAUAAAGAUAUUGUGUAAUUAUUUUAUGAAUUUUACUAGGCCAAAAUGUAUGUUACAUACAUGCACUUCCUAAUCUGAUGUGACUCAUUUUACUCUAGCACCAGCUUCUGAUGGCCCCAUAGUUCUGUUGGUAAUUUCACUUGGAUGGAUUUGUGAUAUUAUUGUGGGUGCCAUUCUGACUUUGUCUCCUGCCAUUGUAGGAUGGUGGAAUAGGACAAUGGAAUAUAAAACAUUCAUUUCGGCCAGCAUGUUGCUUAGAUUGUCAUGACUGUAGGUGCCUCAAGUAAUUUCUCACUCACUAACCUUCAUGCAUGGGUAAUAAACAUAUAUUUUAUUGAUAUUUCUAUGAUUUGAGGUUUAACAUUAGAAUAUUAUAUGAUAUGAGAUGAGAACAACCCAGUGCCAUUUUGGAUCCUUAAUGUUGACUGUUGAUGCUACAUCACAAAUGAUUCAGGCAACACCCUAGCUCUGAGAGUAAGAUGGUAGAAUAAGCUAGUGUCUCACUUUGUAGGAAGGUGGACACUACAAGUGCUAGUGUGAUAGGCACUUUAAUGUAGUCUAAUAUAACCUAACCUAACCUAACCCACCACAAAUGAAGCUGUUAUUGGUUGAUCUUGAUAUGUCAUUCAAAUAGUCUAAUCAGUCAAAACUUGCUUUCCAGUAAUAUAAUCUCAGUUUACCUUCUAAUGUGAAACACUUCAGUUGUACUCAGACUUGAUAAUAUUAAGACCCUCUGU